AGUAUACGCUCCCUUUGUUGCACCGUACAUGUGAAUUGCUUUAAGGUGGGAAGCUACCAGUGAAAUGGAUGUAAAAGCUGAGGUAUUUUUUCUUGUUGUGAAGCUGUUGGAAGAUGAGGGUUGUUCAAGUGCAGCAGAGUUAUUGAAGAGGUUUAUUGAUGAAAAAAAAUUAUUGCCAGCACGUAUCAAUACAGUUGGUGUACCGUUCGAUAACACUUAUGACAACUAUGAUAGCCUGCAUAGUCUCAGCAAACCAUCGUUGCUGGUUGAAUAUUAUCAACUUCUCAUGAAGUUGUUCCAUGAUAGUAAUAGGUGCGCUUCGCACGUGAAAACCCUAAUUGGGAUACAAAGUAAGAUGAAGAAGGCAUUCCGUACCAAAAGAAUAGAGUUCAAUAUUGGUAUGAAAGAAUAUAACAAGUCUCGAAAAUCACUGUUGAACCACCUACAUCAGCAAUCAAGACUGCAAUUUCAUAUUCUAGCCCAUCGUACGGCAAUUUACUGCCUGGAGUUUGACAAACGUGGAGAUUACGUAUUCACGGGAUCUGACGAUUAUACCAUAAAAGUUUGGUCUAUCAAAGGUUCAGGGAGUACACCAACAUGUACUUUGCGCCAUACCCUUCGAGGUCAUGUUGCGGAAAUAAUUGAGCUUGCAAUAUCUAUGGAUAAUCAUUUGCUUGCGUCGAUAGAUUCAAACUGUUGUCUUGUUGUGUGGUGCUUGAAAACUGCUCAACCAGUAGUAGCUGUCCGGGGAUCACGUAAUAAUCGAGUGCUAUCUGGUCUGUAUUUACAAUCAUCCGAUGGUAGUACUGUAGUCAAAUGUGAAUGUCAACAUUCCAAUCAAAGUGAACAUUCAACACAUGGAAUAUGUGGCAAGCAUUCCAAAAUGCUGUUGAAAUCAUCUUCUACAACACCUACACAGUGGUGA